UAGACUGUUCUAGAAAUCAUCCUGCUAAGAAGCUUAUAGAAAAAUCUCUCCUCUCGAACUUUCCCCAUCUCCCCUUUUUAUAUCGCCACUCCAAUCUUCCAUUCCACAACUGAAAGUCUCUUCAAUUCAAUCAAAGUAGCUUUUCUCCAGUCUCCUUUCAAUUUUCUGCUUCGACGAUCAACAAUUCGGCAUAUCAAUCGCUCGGUUCCUCUAAUUUCUCGAUUUUCCGUUCUGGCCAGGGUUCGAAUCGCUGCAAAAUUCUGAAAUAACCGGCGUCGGAAAUGAGCGCAGUGGUGGAGGCGAUGGCCCAGCUCCUCAACAUCCCCGAAGUGCUAGAGAGAAUGGUGUCGGAGUACCGGGCACCGGACGGCGGGGAGAGCCGGGGAGUCGGCAGCAUUCCGGCCGACAUCCUCGACGCCCCCAAGGAAUACGUUUUCUACCUCGACGUUCCCGGCUUAUCCAAAUCCGACAUUCAGGUGGGCGUGGAAGAUGAGAGGACGCUGGUGAUCAAAAGCAACGGGAAGAGGAAGCGGGAAGAUGGGGAAGAAGAAGGGUGCAAGUAUUUGAGGUUGGAGAGGAAGGCGCCGCAGAAACUGGCGAGGAAAUUCAGGUUGCCGGAAAACUGCAACGUUUCCGCCAUUACCGCCAAGUGCGAGAACGGAGUGCUCACUGUGGUGGUGGAGAAGCACCCUCCGCCGCCCAAGUCCAUGACGAUCGAGGUGGCUAUCUCCUGAUCCAGAACACGCCAAUUCUGUUUGCAUCAAUUCCUAGUUUAAGUGUUUCAUCGGAUUAUAUGUAGUGAUCUGAUGUAGUAACGUAGUUUCUGAGUUGUACUACAUGCAAUCCUGUGUUCAGUUUCAUGAUUGUGUAAUUGCGUUUUAAUAUCAGCGGAGAAGACUGUAGUUUUGUUACGUGACAGUGUUUGAGGAAUAUGACAUGUUUUGUCACAAAUUUUAUUUUUAAA